CGCCAAACCGGCGCCCUCAGUUUGCUGCCUGGACGCAAUCAGGGCCGCGGAAUCUGCAGCCCCGAGCUGCAGCGCCGCGGCGGGAAAAAUGAAGAACGAAAUUGCUGCUGUUGUCUUCUUUUUCACAAGGCUUGUUCAAAAACAUGAUAAAUUGAAAAAAGAGGCAGUUGAGAGAUUUGCUGAGAAAUUAACUCAAAUACUUCAGGAAAAAUACAAGAACCACUGGUAUCCAGAAAAACCAUCAAAAGGACAGGCCUACAGAUGCAUUCGUGUCAAUUAGUUCAGAGUUGAUCCUGAUGUCUUAAAAGCCUGUGAGAAUAGCUGCAUCUUACACAGUGACCUUGGCCUGACCAAAGAGUUCACUCUCUGGGUGGACCCAUGUGAGGUGUGUUGUCCGUAUGGAGAGAAAAACAAUGCAUUCAUUGUUGCUAGCUUUCAAAAUGAAGAUGAGAGCAAAGAUGGUAUCUCCAAGAAAGUUACCAGAGCCCUUGAUAAGGUCACCUCUGAUUAUCAUUCAGGGUCUUCUUCUUCAGAUGAAGAAAUAAGUAAGGAAGUAGAAAUGAAGCCCAGUUCACUGACUGCAACCCCAAACCCUGUGUACCAGAUUUCAGAACUGAUAUUCCCACCUCUUCCAAUGUGGCAACCUUUGCCCAGGAAAAAGCCAGGAAUGUACCGAGGAAAUGGUCAUCAGAGUCACUACCCUCCUCCUGUUCCAUUUGGUUAUCCAAAUCAGGGAAGGAAGAAUAAACCAUAUCGCUCAAUUCCAGUGACAUGGGUACCUCCUCCUGGAAUGCAUUGUGACCGGAAUCACUGGAUUAAUCCUCACAUGUUAGCACCUCACUAGCUCCUUUUGAUUCUC